GUAGGGCACGUAGACGCGGGCAAGUCGACCAUGAUGGGUCGCUUGCUGUACGAGCUCGGGCAGAUAGACGAGAAGAAGCGGGUCGCGAAUGAGCGAGGGAGCGCGAAGAUGGGGAAGAGCAGCUUCAGCUGGGCAUGGGAGCUCGAUGGGACUCAGGAGGAGCGGGAGCGUGGUAUUACGAUGGACAUCGCUCUGCAGACCCUAAACACACCGCACAGAAUCAUCACGAUCCUUGACGCUCCCGGCCAUCGCGACUUCAUCCCGAACAUGAUCUCGGGGGCUUCCCAAGCCGAUUCCGCGCUCCUCGUUGUCGACGCCGCCGUCGGAGAGUUCGAGGCCGGGUUCGACCGUGGGGGCCAGACGCGCGAGCACUUGCUACUCGUCCGGAGUCUGGGCGUCAGCCAGGUCAUCGUCGCUGUCAACAAGCUAGAUCAGGUCGAGUGGGCGAAGUCGCGGUACAACGAGAUCGUACAGCUCCUAAAGCCAUUCUUGGUGCAGUCGGGCUUCCAUCCGAGCAAGACCAAGUUCGUGCCUGUCGUAGCUAUGGAGGGCGUCAACCUCACCCGCCGGGAACCGGCAGACUGUCCUCUAUUCAAGUGGUACGAGGGUCCUACGCUGGUAGACCUGCUUGACGCCCUAGAUCCUCCUACUCGCGACAUCAACGCGCCCUUGCGGUUUCCUAUCUCGAACAUCUUCAAGGGUACGACGUCCGGCAUCACUGUGUCUGGGCGGGUGUGUGGAGGGAUCGUCGUGGCCGGCGAACGUUUGCGAAUCGUUCCAGGAGACGAAUCAGCGACUGUCAAGCUGAUUGACAAUGACGGCGAGAGCCUCCCAUGGGCAGGUGCUGGGUCGAACGUUAACCUCAUCCUCACGAGUGUAGACCCUGUAUCGCUGAAUAUCGGCAGUGUCCUCUGUCGUCCAGGCAGUAUCAUACCCCUAACCUUCUCAUUCAUUGCUAGAAUUAUUGUCUUCGAUAUUCAAAUUCCGAUUACUGCGGGGACAUCGAUCGAGCUCUUCCACCACUCUCUUGACGUGCCAGCGUCGAUAUCCCGCUUGAUCUCCGUCCUCGAUCGUUCUAAUGGUAACGUGAUCAAGAGCAAACCGAGAGUACUGACGAAGAACAUGUCCGCCGAGGUGGAGAUCAGUUUACGUGGAUCGUUAUAUUCCGGCCCCGCAUCGAGAGCUCUCCCAAUACCCAUCGAACCAUUCUCGGUGAACAAGGAGAUGGGGAGGAUUCUAGUUAGGCGUGGCGGUGAGACAAUCGGAGCCGGUGCGUAUCACCCUCUUCGCGCACAUCAAUUGAGACUCAUCAUAGGUCGGCUAGGUGUCGUAAUGGAACUAUUGACAUGA